UCUAUCGUCACUCGGCGUUCGGCACCGAAGCAUUAAGCGCACUUUUUCACCUGCUCUUCACCUUUCGGUCGCCGCUAUCGGGAAGUGUCGUAAUUUGUGCUUCCGCUUCAGUCCUGUCGCACUCUGGAACUCCGAGAGACUGACAGUGAUAAGUUAGUUGUUUGGCUACUUUGUUGAACUUUGGAAGUGUUGUUUUUGAUCUUGCUGGACCAAGUCCCCGAGCAUUAGCUGCGCGGGAGGCGCGUGAAGGCACGAGGGAACACGUGCAGCCUCGCUAUGAGGUGACCUGGACGGCAGCAGCCCCGCUACCCACACCGCCCACCGCCAUGUCCUACGAGGUGGCCAGCGUCAUCACCCGCGGCAGUCCUUCCUUGGCCCACAGCAGGUCGCCCUCACCCCUGGGCAGGCGCUCGCCCUCCUCCGCCGUGGGAAGCCUUGCGGAUGGACUCAGGGUGUCCGGCUCCCCCGAAGUGUCCAGCACCAGUCCUGCCCCUGCCCGCGGCUCAGACAGCGGGGCCAGUUCUCCAAAGACAUCGUCGCCACCUUCGCACAAGUCCUUCAGCAUCUCCAGCAUCCUCAGCCGCGACGACCCCAAGAAGGAUGCCGCCUGCGAGUCUCCUUUCCCCUUCACGCACCAGCACGACGCCCUCGCCGCCAGAUUAGGGCUGAUGAGUCACAUGUCCGCCCUGGCCGCCCGGCAUCCGUUCCUCUCCCUAUACCCGGACCUGAGCGGCGUGAACCACACCUCGCCCAUGACUCCCCUGGGCGGCAUGGGGGUCCCGCUCACAGCCAAAGCCCCUUGGUAUCCGCCCUGGGCCAUCCCUCCCCUCGCAGCACUCGCCUCCGCCAGAGAGAAAGAAGCCGAGUCCCCUUCUGGCGGUGGCCUGGGGAGCCCCAACAGCGAGACCCCUGUGGAGGUGGUUCGAUCUCGCUCACCCUCACCCGGGCCUCGCUCCCCGUCACCCCCGCCUUCGCCCCCAACCCCUUCACGAGACGAUCACCGGGUGGGGGAUGGCGAGGGAGGCAUCGGGUGCGCGUCGGGAUCCGCGACCGCCGGUGGGCCCGACGAAGCUGAGGAAGAUAGAAAGCGGCGUAAGAAGAAAACACGAACAGUAUUCUCACGGUCUCAAGUGUUCCAGCUGGAAAGCACAUUCGACAUGAAGCGGUACUUGUCGUCGUCAGAGCGGGCGGGCCUGGCCGCCUCCCUGCACCUCACAGAGACACAGGUCAAAAUAUGGUUUCAGAAUCGUCGCAACAAGUGGAAGCGGCAGCUGGCGGCGGAGUUGGAAGCAGCGAACAUGGCUCACGCGGCCCAACGCCUGGUGCGUGUGCCCAUCCUGUACCACGACGGUUCCUCCUCCGCCGAGGCUGCCCACACUCCUCCAGCGCCGCCUCCGCCCUCCUCCCUUCCCCCUCAGCCUGCACUCCCUCCAUACUCCCUCUAUUACCCUCCCGUCACCUCGGGCUACUCCACUACCGUGCAGGCCCCCACCCCAGUCAGACCUACACUCUCCUCUCUCGUGUAGGGGAUCCUUCCUCCCCCUACGUCAAAGUGAAAUCUACACCCAAACACUCUCAACUCCUCUUCCGCUUCACCUCGAUAUUAGUGGUGCAAAUAAGCGGCAUAAAAUUGCAGGUGUUGAUGCCACUUUAUAUCACGAUGGUCCACUCUAAGCCUGCGGCCCUCAGCCCCUCAACCCAUCAGCCCGCUCCGACCAGCGGCCAGUGUGGUGCAUGAGGGAUCCAGUUUGGUGGUUUAGUGAGGAUCAAAGGCACAUAUUGCGGCGAGCAGGCCGCACUUUGCACAGUGAGGACUAUGGCCGUCGGGCCGCGCGGGACCUGUUCCUCGCCGCACACUGCGUCUCUAUGUUGAUUCUAAAUAAUACAAACUGAAUCGAUGUUAUUGUCAGUGAGAGAGCUCCGUUAGUUAUGUGUUGUGAUGUGUUACCUCAGCAUAGUGACGAAGAGGCUGUACAAAUUAUGGAUGUAAAUUGUACAUACUGAAUAUAAAUAUAUUUAUUGAUUUUUAUUCUUCUUUGUAAGAGAAUAUUUAUUGAUUUUGUUCAGUGACGGAAAAAUAUUUUCCUCAUGAUUUUACAUUUAGGCUAAAUUGUUUAGUCAGUGUCAGUGGAGUUAGCGCAAACAGGCGACCAUUACUCGUUGGCUGUGCUGCACAGCGGCCGGCCGGAGCUUCAGAGUUGGGCGGGACCUGCAGCCUGCCACUCUGCCACCCGCCACAGGUCUGCGCCCUAGCCGCCCAACCCACCAAGAGCAAUGUACAUAUCAUUAGCCUAAUGCCAAAUUAUCAGUGACUGAUUAUUAAAUGUUUUAAAUCAUA